AAUGCUCCGAAUUCUUGUCCGUCAAGAAAGCCCUGCAAAAACAAUCGCGGCUGGCGGAAAAUCGUCCGCAACUUUACACCAUCAUGGUUCGCCAUAAACAUGGGCACGGGCAUCGUCUCCAUCCUGCUCUUCAACCUCCCCUGGAACGGCUACUGGCUGCACGUCAUCUCGUACAUCUUCUUCGCCCUCAACGUCCUCCUCUUCGUCAUCUUCUGCAUCAUCUCCUUCUUGAGAUACACGCUGUACCCUGAGAUCUGGCCCGCCAUGAUUUCGCAUCCGGCCCAAUCCCUGUUCCUGGGUUGCUUCCCCAUGGGCUUUGCAACAAUCAUCAACAUGAUGAUCUUCGCCUGCUCCCACUGGGGCCCCGGCCUCAUCUACCUCGCCUGGGCAUUCUGGUGGCUCGACGCAAUCAUCUCCAUGGCGACCUGCAUCUCCAUGCCCUUCAUCGUCAUGCACCGCCACCGCCCAGGCCUCGACAAGACCACCGCCACCCUCCUCCUCCCCAUCGUCCCGGCCGUCGUCGCCGCCGCAACAGGCGGCAUCGUCGCCGACGCCCUGCCCUCGCCCGGCCACGCCUACGCCACCCUCGUCGUCUCCUACGCCCUCUGGGGCAUCGGCCAGGCCCUCUCCGGCUGCGUCCUCGCCCUCUACUUCCACCGCCUCACCAUCCACUCCCUGCCCCCGCGCGACGUCAUCGUCUCCGUCUUCCUCCCCAUCGGUCCCCUCGGCCAGGGCGGCUUCGGCAUCCAGCAGCUCGGCAAGGUCGCCCUCAAGGUCGUGCCCCAGACGGCCAUGUUUCGCGUCUCCGGCGUCGAUGCCGCCCGUGGAGCAGAGUUCCUCUACUUCCUCGGCGUCUUCUUCGGCAUCGUCAUGUGGGGGUUCGCGCUGGCCUGGGUCUGCUUCGCGCUCAUCAGCUUGAGAACCACGCGCUCGUUCCCCUUCAACAUGGGCUGGUGGGGGUUCACGUUCCCGCUGGGCGUGUGGGCGACGUGUUCGAAUGCGCUGUGGCAGAAUCUGAGCAGCGAGUUUUUCAAAUAUGUGACAACGAUCAUCAGUCUCUCGGUCGUCCUUCUCUGGAUCCUCGUCAGCCUGAGGACAGUUCAGCUCAUCAUUACGGGCGAAAUGUUCUUCGCCCCGUGCCUCAAGGAUCUUCGCGAGAAAGAGGAAGCAUCCGGCAGCGAA